ACAGAUCGGAUGAAACAUACAGCCGCUAUUAGCCAGUGCAGCAGCAGAUGUAGUCGCAUGUUUAACCUGCACAGUGACAAAUCACACAACAACACACCCUGAAGCGCAUUGACAAGGUGGAUGAAGUCACCUUUCACCCAGUAGUGACACAGCUAACCUAGCUAUAGUAGGUAGGAGAAGAUUACUGCAGCAGAACAAACCACUCAGAAGUCACAUUUGGCUCUGUGAGCUGCCUGUGAAAAUACUGGAGUGAGUUGUAGGAGUGGAAACCUGAGAUCAGGGGCUCAGUCAGUGAAAAUGUAGCUAAAGGCUAGCAGCAGGUACAGAACUCUUUGUUGCUAGGAGAUGAUGUAUUAAUUCUUUAUCACGUCAUGUUGUCAUAGACACAACGUUCUCAAAUACACAGGGGGGUCCUGUCCUGUGUGAUCUCUGCAGGCAGGACAAAACCUAAAAUGGCAGAAAAGAAGUUCAAAGGGGCUCCCUUUGGUACACAGUCAGCCAGGUUUGACGUGUCAGGAGUCCAUCCUGCCAGCAAGAGGGUGGGAACAUACACCCAGAUCCCCUACUGCAAGAGAUGGACAAGUGACCUGGAGAGGAACCUCGGGCCUGGCACAUAUAAUCCAGACACUGGCGACUUCAGUGCCCGGGCAGUGCAGGAACGAGCGAAGGGUCCAGGCUGGAAGAGGGCACAAGAGGUGGCCCGUCUGGCUCAGAUGCCUCACCUGCUGUACCGGGAUGCAUGGGAGAACAAACAGUUCCUGAAAACAAAGGUUGGCCCAGGCACAUACAGGAUAGCUAGUUUCAUUGAGGAGCUGGAGAAGAAACCUGGCAGCUUAAGAGGAAUUUGUGAGACCAGAGAGGAGCGCUUCCAAGACUGCCAGAGUUCUACCCCAGGUCCAGGAACUUAUGGUAAGGGCGGGAUCCCUUCAGCAGCACUGGAGGAGAAGGAGAAGAGGUCUGUAGGAACCUGCCCCUCCAUGGACUACAGCGCCAGCCUGCAGCGCUUCCCUACAAACACUGUGCAGGACAGUGGUUUGAGUCCAGGUACUUACAAUCUGAAGAGCUUUACUGACUUGAUCCUGAGUCGCAGAGUCAGUAAGAGAGGCCCCUAUGACCUGUUCACUAGCCGCAGAAACAAACCCGUUGUCUGUGGCUACUUUGCCGUCCCUAAAACAAUGAGUCUGAACCCGGGUGAGUGCACUAAAGAGGUACCCAAGUUUGGAGAGGAGCUGCAGAGACCUGAGAAGAAGAAGCAUGGCGUGUUCAGCCGUCUGCAGCAAUACCCUGCCGUCCCUACUGAGAGAAUCUACCUCUCCAGCCUGCCUCAGUGUCCACGGCCUGCGACAUUUCCUGGUCCAGGCUGGUAUGAUGUCACUCCUGUGACACCAGGGGGCCACUCAAGGAGUGGUACACCAGCGCCCUUCCUCUCUUCCGCCCCCAGGUUCAGCAAGAGGACAGAAACAGUGCUGAAUAAAAACCAUAACAUGGUUGGGCCUGGCCGCUAUACCAUAACAAAGACAGGUCAGAGCAGAAGUGCAAACGGUCACAGAUCGUCGUUCGUGUCUGGCACUCAGCGCUACCUGCACUGCCCUGCGAGAGACAAAUACAGCCAGGAGAGACUCAGGCCCGUCAAUGUUCCUUUGGAUAGGAGAUCCUUCCUGGUGCAACCUGAGGGCCCCUUCAGAGGAGGACAAAUGUGCUCUUCAGCAUAGUUUACACUUACUAGCACCCUCAAACACACAUCCGCACAGUUACUACCUAAACACGUUACUGCCUGAAUUAGUCAUGUUUAUGCUUAAGAAGCCAUUUGUACCUUUUAAAAAUACAUUAAUUUCCAAUGCAUCAUAUAUCAAUGUGUUUUUGUUAUUUGUAUAACUCACUGACCUAAAAAGAUUGCCAGCUUGGAAUUUUAUUCUUCUACAUAUAAUCACCAUAUCUAGAAAAAAAAAACUUUAAAAAGCAAUGAAGAUGCCAUGAGGAAUGAAACACAUCCACAUCCCUGGAACUGGUCCUAGAAACCUGAGGAUGGUACAGUCUGUGAGAACAUUAAGCUUCACAUGCCACAUGAGAAAAUCUGGAGAAAACAAACAGUGAACAA